AUGUUCCAGCAAAGGAGGAAAGUAGAGGAUGUGCACAUGUCUGGCAUCUCUGACAUGACUAUAAAGAAUCGAAGCAAACGCUUGGAGAAAGUCCACGUGGUUAUUGGACAUAAAUCUUGUGACUUGGAUUCUCUCAUCUCUGCCUUUACAUAUGCUUACUUUCUAGAGAAGGUCAGCCCACCUGGCGUGCUCUGCUUGCCAGUGCUGAACAUCCAGAGAACCGAAUUCAGCUAUUUCACCGAGACGAGGUUUAUUUUAGAAGAGCUAAAUCUCUCUGAGUCAUUCCACAUAUUCCGAGAUGAAAUUAAUCUGCAUCAGCUAAAUGCUGAAGGGAAGUUAUCCUUGACGCUUGUUGGCGGCAACGUGCUCGCCAGUGAGGACACAGCUCUAGAGUCAGCAGUUGUGAAAGUCAUUAAUCCUGUUGGGCCCAGUGACACUGGGUUUGAGUCCCGAGACUCGUCCUCCUCCUUCGUGGUGAAAGAGAUUCUCCAGGAGGCUCCUGAGCUCAUCACUGAACAACUGGCUCAUCUCCUCAGAGGUAGCAUCCUUUUCCAGUGUCUGACCAUGGAAGCAGAGAAGAUCUCCGAGAAGCAGGAGGAAAUCCUCUGCAUUCUGGAGGAGAAAUUUCCCAAUUUGCCUCCGAGAGAAGACAUCAUCAGACUUCUGCAGGGCACGCAGUUUAGUGCUGAGGGUUUCUGUAUUGAGCAGACAAUACUGAAGGAUCUAAAGGAACUGUCUGAUGGAGAAAUAAAAGUAGCUGUUAGCACCGUGGAUAUGAGCCUCGAGAUAGAGACAAGAUUAAGCAUGCAGGUGAAAGAAGCAGAGGCAGGGAAGGGAGAUACUAAGCACAUGAAGAUUGCCCAGGAAGAAAAGCUCAGAAGAGAUAACGACCUUCCACCAGAGCUGACAGAAAGCCUACCCCUAGAGCCAAUGCCUGAAUGA